UGCGGGCGCGAGCGGCAGGCAGGUUCAUAUUUUUGUUUACCAAGUUGAUGCGGCUACCGCGCAACCAGCUCCUCGACGUUGUUACGUUUUUUUAUCUCGCCCGGCUGUCCUCGUUCGGGCUUUCCACAGAUGGCACGAGUUGCUCGAGACGGCAAGCCUGCUGCCUAAGCUCUGCGAGCGGUGUGUGCCCGCCAUCGGGCUGACCGGCUGCUGCAAUGGAGCCGGGCAUGAGCUUGCUUGGUGCCGCUGACGAACUGAAGUUCGACAUCGACCAUGAUGAAGAAGACGAGGCUUCUGCCGAAGUUAGGAGAAAAGCAGAAGAGCUGCAACAAGCAGUUGCAAAUGGCUUUGAUGACUUGGAGGGACUGUCAGAUGAUGAUGAAGACCUUUCUGCUGACCAGUACUUCAAGCCCCCUGGGGUUAUUGGUUAUGGUGCGACAACCUCUACUCCGAAUCAGGACGGACAGAACUACGUGGGUAAGCCUUUCUCCACACCAUACUAUGGAAUGGGCACCCACCAGAAUGUGCCCACAACUCGUGCAACUCAUGUCCCGGAGCUCAACACGUAUUCCGACAACUACACCAAUGGCCUGGAUUUCGGGAGUCCUAUGCUGCAAGGCUAUGGCAAGGGUGAUGGCUUGAAUGGAGGGAGCAAUGGCAUCCACCAGAAUUCUGCUAUGCCCCCAAAUGGUCAACACCCCCCUCAUUCCCACGGGACCGCCUUCACAAAGCAGUCAGAUGAGUUUGUUCAGCUCGAAGUGAUGUACAAGGCACGAAUGAGGGAAGUCGAACGACUCAAGUUCGAGCUGGAAAACCUUCGAGAGUCAUCUAGAGCAGAGAUCACCUCUUUGCAGGACAAGGUGACUACUUUGCAAGCCAGUGCAAAGAUGUACAUGGAGAACUGGAACCAAGCAAACCAGGCCUUGGCAAACAAGACCACUGAGAAUGCCGAGCUUUCUGUCAGGCUUUCCACACUCCAGAACCAGCUGGAAAUCGAAACUAAAUGCAGAGAAGAGCACAUUGAGAAGAUGAAAGUGGCAGAGGCCACCAUCAGAAUGCUGCAAGAGCAGGUUUCAGAGUUGAGCAGUUCAGAUGCCCUCGUGCACCUGAAGAGAGACUACGAUAAUUUGCUGCAAACACGGAAGCAGAAGCAUCAGGCCGAAGUGUACAACCUGAACGAGAAAAUUGAUGAACUAAGCAGAAGCUUGGCUGCAAAAGGUGACGAACUGCGGAUGUGCAAGGCUCGUUUCGAGGAGCGCGAGAGGCAGUUUGAAGCGACGCUUUUGGAAAAAGCUGACACCAUCAACCAACUUACGCUAUCCCUGAGCAGCAGUCAGAAGCAGUGCCAAGAACUCUUGGAAAACCGCACACCCCAUGAAUCAAGACAGCUCCUUGAGCAGUUCCAGACCCUUCAAGAGGAAAGGGGCAAGGAGAGACAGAGAUUGAAACGACUAGAGGAGGGAGUUGAUGACCUCUAUCAGCUUCUUGUACCCAAGGCAAACAUGGCCCUCUGCAAUCCUGAAAUAUCGAAGAGUGAUGACAGUCUAGCAGCUCGGUCGCUCAGUAAGCCUUCCUCUGAGGAUCCGAUGUGGAAGGUCCGUCUGUGCUGCCGUGAGGUUGGCCACCUUCGCUCUGAGAUCCUGAGGGCGAGGGAUGGGCUCUCGCUCGCUGACAAAGAGCUUGACCAGCUCAGGGGAAAGCUGCAAAUGGCAGAGAAUGAAGUAGCUAGGUUACAGGAAAAGCUUCAGGGUAGAGAUGGUUCGGAAACAGAGUCCCAGUUUCAAGACAUGAAGGAUGAACUGACAAGGCAGGUCCAGACCUUGGAGGCCAAGCUGUCUCAGGCCGAGGCUGCCUGUGAGCAUCUGAAACAGCAAGAACGCCAGCUCCUGCUUGAAAGAGAGUCUUUGCUAAGGACCUGUGCCGAAGACAAGGCUCAGGCGAUUGAAAUGUGCAAGAACUCGAUCCUGGAAAUGCACCAUGGUGCGAUGAAGAGGUUAAGGGAAGAGCUGCUGUCCUUGUCGGAACGUGAAAAGGAACAGGUCAUCCAAGAAUACGAGGCAAGAUUACAGGAGCUGAACUCCAAUUACAGUACCUUGCAGCAGACCAUCAGUGACGUGAAAGAGCUCUACAUACGGAGUUGUGAAGAAAAACGUAUGCUUGAGUCCCAGAUCCAAGAUCUGACUAGGAGAGAGCAAAAUAUUAAGCAGGACACUGAAGAGAGGCUUCACAAAGAGUUCAAGGAAGUCCUGCAGAACGCUCGGCCGGUGUGGGAGGAAGAGAUGAUGAAAGACUUCAAGCAGCAGCUCGAGCAGGAAAAACAAAAGUGGCGGAAAGACUUUGACGCUGAAAAACAGGCUGCCCUGGCAGAACUGACGGAGCGGCUUGGCAGAGAAUAUGGGCAGCGCCAUUCUGAAAGGGAUGAAAAAGGUGAAAAACAAAAGGAAGCUUUGGAUCAAGAGAGAAACCAGCAGAUUCACCACUGGAAAGAGACGGUUUCUAAGCUGCAAACUCUGGUUGAUGAAAAGGAUGGUGAGCUGCAGCAAGUUCUGGCUGCAUCAGCAGAGAGGGAGUCACAGCUUAAGCAGAAGCUGCUGAAGUAUCAUAAGAAGGUGCAGCAGCAGAAGCGCGAGAACAAGGAGGAGCGGCUUGCUCAGGAGAGGCAGCAUGCUGACAAACUGGCGACGCUCACAGCGCAGCUGCAGCAGCUGCACAUCCAUCCGCACGACGGCCUCACUAGUAGCAAUCAGAAGAGCAUGGUGGAAAUGAUAGAUAAAUGGAGUGCCUGGUUUGUAGAGUGCCUGGAAAAUGUUUACAAGGACAUCUGCAUUUACACAGAGCAAGUGGAAAAAGCGAAAAGUUCCGAGAUGCGUCAGCUUCUCCACGGCUACCAUCAGUACCUUCUCACGCAACGAUUGCAAAGUGAAGAAAACGUUCCACGAAGACCAGCGAUGACACCACCGUUGCAACGGUUGCAGCCACAGCCACGAACCACGCCUCCAGAAAGACUUUUCACCGGGAAGUCCGAGCACACAUGCCCGACAUUUCCCUCUCGUCUCCCCUCCAAGAGUGUGAAAGACUCUGCGGUGAAGUCACACUGCAAGCCAGUGGACUUGGACCUUUCCGGUGUUUCGGACGGAAGUGUGUUCCUGCCACCGCCGUCUCCCGUCAAAACGUCGUAGUUCUGCGUGAGGGCGUCAGCUUGGGUUCCCGCAGUGCGUGAAGUGCUUGCGUGUGUGCAGAAUCCCGACUUCGCUUCUUGCUUUCCUGUGCACAUUUCUAAAAGCGUAGCACCGAACAAUACACCUAAUUGCAGUUUCUGGAGGUCGUAGAUGCGGAAUCGUGUGUGAUUUCCAUUCAAGCAAUAGAAAUAUGCAGUUAUGACAAUGUGUGGUGUUCCAUUUCAUUUGGUGUGAUGAGUGAUUACCCUGGUGCCAAGAAGGUGAUCGCACUCUUUGAACAAGUGCCACGAAGCCUGACGUUGUAAGUUGAGUGAGUACAAAUGCAUUGGUACUGCCUUUUGAGCAGGCUGUUUGUUGUGCAUGGCUAGCUCGUGUAAAAUGUCUGUACAGCCGCUGCACAGUUUUGCCUCUCUGCCAUGGUUUCUGUGUUGGUUGCCAAGCAUAGUUAAUAGCAUUGUACAUAUGGGCAGCCGUUAUUUAUGACAUUUUUAUAUAAAAAGAAAAAAAAUAAGCCUGAAAUGUUCACUAUUGAAGCAGUUGCUAUUUCCUGUUGUAUGCUGCACUGUAUGGAACGAAGGUUCCGGUUGGCUAGCAUGUGUGAUUGUAAAUAUGCUGAUGUUAAAACACCACUGUCAUAUUCUGUUUGGCAUAGAACAUUGAGCACUCCCAUUUUAUGACUGUAAAAAUGUAUUAUAGAAACUGUGAUCAAGCUGUGUGCAAACCUGGUGAUGAGCCAUUUACUCGCUUUCUGUAGUUCAUCUGUACUCAUCAGUAAUGUUCACGCAUUUCUACUCCUGUGUCAUUUCCUUGCACGUAUUUUAAAAGACUACAUACUCAUCGGGGCUCCUAGAACAUGUGGGUAUGUUCACAAGGCCAUAUUAAUGACCCAUAUUUUGCAUUGUAGUUACAUAGUCUUCUUGUUUUACUGUAUCUCGGUGGUGAACUGAACUAGUUUUACUUGUUCACUUUAUGUGUAAGACAUGUGCUCACAUUUCCUUAUUUAUCACGUGUACUUUAGGCAGUAUACUGAAUGCAUUGAUCAGUUUGGUGCCAAGGGAAAAACCCCUUAUUCUAGUACUUUUAUGUCUAAACCCUAUGUUGUACAUACCUUCUUCUACUAUUUGUACAUGCUUUUGUCUUUAUUGUCAACUAUCGGGAGUUUUAAAAUUUUUGCUUUACACAUUUUCCUAGUUAUCUUUGGGCUUAUAGUGAAAUAUAAGUUGUGGGAAAAGCAAGUGAAUAAAAUAACAUUAUGACGAUGUUGUUUUAAUUUUUAAAAUGGGACAGGUAGAUCUAUUUUUUGCUUUUUUUUUCUGUUUUAAUGCUUAAUACAGGGAUCACAGGAUAUCGUACAUGUUGCAGGUUUUAUGCUUGAAUACACACACUAGUUUGCCAGUUUAAAAUCCGUCAAUUAGCAGUAUUAAAGAUAGUUGUUUGCUUCCACAUACACUCAUUGGAUCACCCUAUGUGCCAAAUUUCACGCAUUUAAAGCCGCGAGCGCAACGCUUUACGAGUACUUUUUCAUUAAAAAAAUGAUGGUCUGUAAUGCCUUCUUAAUGCCAUGGUCACUGGUUUCCGUUUUAGUUUAUAGCCAGGAAAAACAAAAGUGAAUGGACUGCGCAGUACCAUUUUAGAUUUACUUGCUUGUGUUUGCGGCUCGACGCGUAUGAAUAAACCAUUGUUACGAAACUUGC